GCGCGCUGACGUCGUGCAGCCUGUUCCCCUCCGCUGCCGCCGCCGCUGCCGCCGCCGCCGCCGCUGCCGCCAUUGGAGUCGGUGCCCCCUCGGCGCGUCCGCGUCUCGGCUCGCCGCUGCUGCCCGCCUGCGGCCCGCGUGCUCUGCAGCCGCCGCCUGGCCAGCGCCCCGGGACUUGGUGGCGGGGCCCGGGGCCGCGCGAGCGGGGGUGACAGGCCCGGCCUCGCGGGGAGGCCCGAGCCGGCGGGCGCCCCGGCCCCGCGCCGCGCCGCGCCGUUCAUGAAGCAUGUCGGCCACCAGCGUGGACCCCCAGCGAACAAAAGGGCAGGAUAACAAAGUACAAAAUGGUUCUUUGCAUCAGAAGGAUACAGUCCAUGACAAUGACUUUGAACCCUACCUUUCUGGACAGUCAAACCAGAGCAACAGCUACCCCUCGAUGAGUGACCCCUACCUGUCCAGCUACUACCCACCGUCCAUCGGAUUUCCCUACUCCCUCAACGAGGCCCCGUGGUCCACCGCAGGGGACCCUCCGAUUCCAUACCUCACCACCUACGGACAGCUCAGUAAUGGAGACCAUCAUUUUAUGCACGAUGCUGUUUUUGGCCAGCCCGGGGGUCUGGGGAACAACAUCUAUCAGCACAGGUUUAAUUUUUUCCCUGAAAACCCUGCAUUCUCAGCGUGGGGCACAAGUGGGUCUCAAGGGCAGCAGACGCAGAGCUCCGCGUACGGCAGCAGCUACACCUACCCCCCGAGCUCGCUGGGUGGCACAGUGGUCGACGGGCAGACGGGCUUUCACAGCGACACCCUCAGCAAGGCCCCCGGGAUGAACAGCCUGGAGCAGGGCAUGGUCGGGCUGAAGAUUGGGGAGGUCGGCACCUCUGCAGUCAAGACCGUGGGCUCUGUCGUCAGCAGCGUGGCACUGACUGGCGUUCUUUCCGGCAGUGGUGGGACAAACGUAAGCAUGCCAGUUUCCAAGCCGACCUCAUGGGCUGCCAUCGCCAGCAAGCCUGCGAAACCACAGCCCAAAAUGAAAGCCAAGAGCGGGCCUGUGAUGGGGAGUGUGCUGCCCCCUCCACCUAUAAAGCAUAACAUGGACAUUGGCACCUGGGAUAACAAGGGGCCCGUGCCCAAGGCCCCGGCCCCCCCGCAGGCACCGUCCCCACAGUCUGCCCCACAGCCCCAGCCGGUGGCUCCACCGCUCCCAGCUCAGCCUCCCCCUCUGGCCCCACCACAGUAUCAGAGCCCCCAGCAGCCCCCACAGACCCGCUGGGUCGCCCCUCGCAACAGAAACGCAGCAUUUGGGCAAAGCGCAGGGGCUGGCAGUGAUAGUAACUCUCCCGGAAAUGCCCAGCCUAACUCUGCCCCCAGUGUAGACUCCCACCCCGUCCUUGAAAAACUGAAGGCUGCCCACAGCUACAAUCCUAAAGAGUUUGAUUGGAAUCUGAAAAACGGGCGCGUGUUCAUCAUAAAGAGCUACUCGGAGGACGACAUCCACCGCUCCAUCAAGUACUCCAUCUGGUGCAGCACAGAACACGGCAACAAGCGCCUGGACGGCGCCUUCCGCUCCAUGAGCAGCAAGGGGCCCGUCUACCUGCUCUUCAGCGUCAACGGGAGUGGGCAUUUCUGUGGGGUGGCCGAGAUGAAGUCCCCCGUGGACUACGGCACCAGUGCUGGGGUCUGGUCUCAGGACAAGUGGAAGGGGAAGUUCGACGUGAAGUGGAUUUUUGUCAAGGACGUGCCCAACAGCCAGCUCCGGCACAUCCGGCUGGAGAACAACGACAACAAACCGGUCACAAACUCCCGAGACACGCAGGAGGUGCCCUUAGACAAAGCCAAACAAGUGCUGAAGAUCAUUGCUUCCUACAAGCACACAACCUCCAUCUUCGAUGACUUUUCUCACUACGAGAAGCGCCAGGAGGAGGAGGAGGUGGUGCGCAAGGAACGGCAGAAUCGAAACAAACAAUAAGGACAAGCCGGUUUCUUACGUGUUCUAACAUUGGACUUUGAAAAACGGUUUUAAAAACGUGUGCUUGGUCAGCUCCAGUGUGUUGUCCUGUGCAGGGGUUGAGUGUCGCAUCUUUUACCUUCUUCGUAGUUUAAUUUGCCCAGAUGGAUCUCCAUUCAUUUGUAUUUUUUCUAUGUAUCAUGAUAUUGUAGAACUCACUAAUAAAGGAGUAUUUUUUUGUCAGCUUAUCAAUCAGACUGACCUAAUGGGAAAUAUAAAUAUCCUUAAAAACAAAGCAAAACAAAAACCUAAUAUAUCCCAAAGAUUUUUUUUUUAUUUUGGCAAAAAUUAUGUUCUUAUGUCCACAUUUAGUCUCUCAUGAUAAGCCCUGUACUUCUCACAAACAUAAGAAACUGUGAGUUGUUUUGUCACUUAGAGCAUCUAUUAAAAUCUCUUAAAGUGCUGAAAUCAGAAGGUUAGUGAUCACCUCGUCCAGUUGGUUUGCCAUUUUUAUUAUCUGUUGUGUCUGAAAUGCUAAUCUGCCCGUUUGAUUUUUCUACUAGACAGAAAGGUAAAUUUUAAUUUUUUGAGUCUGGUGGGCACGUUUUGUUUCCGUGGAAAACCUGUGGCCCACACCCUGCUGCUGCUGUGUCCCACGCUGCCCUGUGCCCAAGCCCGCCUGGUGGCGGGGAGCGGUCCGCCGUGCGGGGUCGGAAGGACUGUGAGGUCUGGUUCAGUGUUCAGGGUUCCUCGUUGUUUGCAGGUUGUUUUAAUUUCCCGUCCUUCACCUGAGAAUCGUAGUGCCGUUUCCACACCAGGAAUGCUGCGCUUGACACGUAGGGUCUGGUGGGACAGAGUGUGACAGAUGAUGCCACCGAUUGUAAAUUUCACCGUGAGUGUCUAAUUUCUUUUCCUGUUGAAUGGGUAAAAACAAACAAAAAAACCUUUUAGGAAAUGAAUUUGCUGUCUGUGUCUUGUGGAAUGAGGGACCGUUGAAGAAACCGCCACCUGGAGCUUGAGUUGAAGCAUGAAAAUGGUGCUCACGCCCGACCCGCAGCGCCCCUGCACGCGCCCGUCCACAGCAGCCUUGCCGUCCCGGGAGCAGCCGCCUUCUGAGCUGUGUACUCCAAAAGACCCUCCGAGUUAAAGUUUAAGCUGUAUCAUUUAGACUUGUAUUUAGAGCGUAUCACUUCCUCUGAACUGUCACUGCCUGUAUGGAGUCGUGGAUGACAUUGGGUGACUUUCCUCUAGGAGAAUACGAGCCUUAAUAAACACUUAUUUAGCAAA